AUGCCCACCCCUGCGGCUAAGGGAUCAGCUUCCGUCCCACCGUCAGCAAAAUCAGUCACGAUGGAACCUACCCAACUCGAGUUCAAGCGUCCUGUUGGCAACAACGCUCGUCGCCAAGGACAGUUUGCCCAUCUGUCCGCGAACGUCGACUUGAACUUCGUGGCAUCAUCGACAACGUCAGCUUCCACUUGGCAAGACCAGACCCGCGAUUACAUCGCUGUCAACUUCCCGAAUAUGCCUCCGGACGAAAAGGCGGAACAUUCUUAUCGCCAGGAAGAAAAAGUUUCUCUGAUCUUUUUGGACGGCGUUGAGAAAGAGUGCAAGGCUUGCGAUGUUGUAAUGCUUGUCAAGAGGAAGCCAGCUCCGUACCGCUAUAAUUCGUCGAUAUUUCCUAGAAAUGCGGAGGCGGCAAUCACAAUUCCCACAAACACGAACACGCAAGAGGAAGAUACGUACCUCAAGAACCACUGGGAGCCAUUCAAGUCCUUGAAGAAACGCCAAAUUCCAGUCACUACGUACGUGAAGUGGCUGAUAUUCGAAAACACCGCACUGCCGGGUGUGCUCUUCAGCGACACCAACAUACACGAGCAGGUGGCAGAGUUCGCGAAAGACGUCUUCAAUUCUGCGCUGGUGCUUCUGAAGUCUAGUAACAUCGACAUUGGUGCGAUGUUAGACAUGGAUGAUGCCGAGUAUGGAGAUGAAAUACAGUUCACCAUCUUCCCGGGCGACGGCGUGUGGACGAGAUCGCUCAAGGUCAUCGCAGAGCUUGAGACAACUGAGGCAGCAAAGGACGAGGCAAUAGAUGCUCAGCAAGGUGCAGCAUCCGAAGCUGAACUGUUUAAUUCCUCCGCGGAACCUCAGCACUGUUAA